GGGGGUUCCGUGUCCUCUUCCUAUUAAAAUUAGUCUAACGUCCAUAGCCUCCUCCUGCUGUUCUGACUCCAUCAAUGUAGAGACCCCCGCGUCAUUUUCUUAUUUUAAACCCUUCUCUGACGUCCCUUUCCCCGCCCCCUUCAUCUCCCUCCCUGAUCCAGGGAGAGGUGAGGGGGCCUCUACUCGGCAUGGGCUUCUGGCAGAGCCGGGUCCGUGGCUUGAAGGGAAGCUCAGUUCAGCCCAUAUUUCGCGGCAGCGGCCAAAUAUGCGGGCUUCACAAGAAGGGCAGCGAGUUCUGAAACAAGGGGUCUUGGAAAGCUCACUUAUGGGUCUCUCUGUCCCAAAUCCCUCCUGUUGCAGUGGGCAGAAGAGCACUGUCGGUUCCACAUGUUAGGGUUCUCCCUGAUUGACUUCUCAAGACUGCUGUUACCUGAGAAAGAAGCCCAGAGGAAGAGGAAAGAAAGGAGAGUCCGAAAUGGCUCUUUCCCAGGUGCUAUUGACAUUUGAAGAUGUGGCCGUAAAAUUUUCUCAGGAGGAGUGGGAAUGCCUGAACCCUGCUCAGAGGGCCUUGUACAGGGAUGUGAUGUUGGAGAACUACAGAAACCUGGGCUCCCUAGGGAUCUGUCUUUCUGGCUGGAAUAUUAUCUCUAUUUUGGAGCAAGGGAAAGAGCCCUGGACUAUGGAGGAUGAAAUGAAAAUAGCAAAAAGAUCAGAUAUUUCUGCUAAAUAUGUGAUGAAGGAAUUUUCACCAAAAAAGAAUAGUAAGGGAGAAUUAUUUCAAACCCUGAUAUUAGAAAGACAUGAAAGAUAUGACAUCAAGGAUUUUGAUUUCAGGGAAGUCCAGCAAAAUUUGCGUAAGUUUGAGAGUCCGUGGGGCUAUGAUGAACAAAAUGAAAAAGGAUUGACUACAACUCAUAACAAAAAUCUCACUGGUAGAAGAGAUCAACAAGAUAACAAAUCCUGGAAUAAUUUCCCACUAAAGCAAGGUGUUUCUGUAAGAAAAAGUACUUAUCAGUAUUAUAGACAUGAGAAAUCACACAUAAGGUAUUUAUUAAAACUAAAAUAUAAAAUACCCUAUACAGGAAACAAAUGUAUAAAAUGUUUUGAAAACAGGAUUGGAUUAAGCUUUCAGUCACAUCUGGCUGAGCUUCAGAAACUUCAAACUGAAGAGAAAAUUUAUGAAAGUAAUGAAGUUGAAAAGUUUAUCAACAAUCAUUGUUCCUCUGCUUCACCACUUCAAAGAAUUCUUCCUAGUGUUAACAACAACAUUUGUAAUAAAUAUGGGAACGUUUUUGUGCAUCCUUCAUUGUUGAUACAACGUCAGAAGACACAGAUUAGAGAAAAACCUUACAAAUAUAAUGACUGUGGGAAGGCUUUUAGAGAAGGCUCAAACCUCACAAGUCAUCAGAGAAUUCAUUCUGGGCAGAGGCCUUACAAAUGUAACAAAUGUGACAAAUGUUUUAACUGCAUCUCACACCUCACUAGUCAUCAGAUAAUUCAUUCUGGGAAGAAACCUUACAAAUGUAAUGAGUGUGGCAAAGCCUCUACCCAAUUUGCAAACCUUUCUAGAUAUCAGAGAAUCCCUACCAGAGAGAAGCCCUAUAAAUGUAAUGUUUGUGGCAAGGGCUGUAGUCAAAAUUCAAAUCUUGCAAGUCAUCAGAAAAUUCAUACAGGAGAGAAGCCCUACAAAUGUAAGGAGUGUGGCAAAGCCUUUUCUGAGCAUUCACACCUUAUUCAACAUAUGAGAAUCCAUACUGGAGAAAAGGCUUACAAAUGUAAUGAAUGUGGGAAAACUUUUAGAGGAAGCUCAAAUCUCACUAUUCAUCAGAGAAUUCAUUCUGGGCAGAGACCUUACAAAUGUAACAAAUGUGACAAAUCUUUUAACUGCAUCUCACACCUCGCUAGUCAUCAGAUAAUUCAUUCUGGGCAGAAGCCUUAUGAAUGUAAUGAGUGUGGCAAAGCCUUUACCCAAUUUGCAGACCUUUCUAGACAUCAGAGAAUCCAUACCAGAGAGAAGCCCUAUAAAUGUAAUGUCUGUGGCAAGGGCUGUAGUCAAAAUUCAAAUCUUGCAAGUCAUCAGAAAAUUCAUACAGGAGAGAAGCCCUACAAAUGUAAUGAGUGUGGCAAAGCCUUUUCUGAGCGUUCAAGCCUUACUCAACAUAUGAGAAUUCACACUGGAGAGAAACCUUACAAAUGUAAUGAAUGUGGGAAAACUUUUAGAGGAAGCUCAAAUCUCACAAGUCAUCAGAGAAUUCAUUCUGGGCAGAGGCCUUACAAAUGUAACAAAUGUGACAAAUCUUUCAACCGCAUCUCACACCUCACUAGACACCAGAGAAUUCACACUGGAGAGAAACCAUAUCAAUGUAAUGUAUGUGGUAAAGUCUGUAGUCAAAAUUCAAACCUUAUAAUUCAUCAGAGAAUUCAUACAGGAGAGAAACCUUACAAAUGUAGUGAGUGUGGCAAAGCCUUUAUGGAGCGUUCAAGCCUAACCCAACAUGAGAGAAUCCAUAGCGGAGAGAAGCCUUACAGAUGUAAACAAUGUGGCAAAGCCUUUAACUAGUCCUCUAACCUUGUCAUACAUCAGAUUAUUCAUACUGGAGAGAAGCCUUACAAAUGUAAUGAUUGUGGCAAAGCUUUUAAUGUGUGUUCAAGUCUUACCCGACAUCAAAGAAUUCAUACAGGAGAGAAACCUUACAAAUGUAAUGAGUGUGGCAAAGCCUUUACCCAAUUUGCAAACCUUACUAGACAUCAGAAAAUGCAUACUGAAAAGAAACAUUGUAAAGCUAAUGUAGCAAUUCUUCUGUCCAAAAAUCAAGUGUUGGGGAUCCUCAGAUAAUUCAUGGUGGAGAGAAAACUUACAAAUGUAAUGAGUGUGGCAAAACCUUUAACAUGUGUUCAAGCCUUACAAGACAUCAGAGAAUCCAUACUGAACAGAAACCAUGUGAAAGUCAUAUAUUUGACAAAGCCUUUAACCAAGGCUUACACUUGACAUCAGAAUAUUCAUUUUUGAGAGAAAUCGCAUAAAUGCAAUAUGUAUGGCAAGACUUCUAUCCAAAGCUCAAACCUUUUUUUAGGACUUGUACUGCAGAGAAAACUUACAGAAUGAAUAUAAUAAAUGUAGUAAGCUUUUAUAAAAUGCUCAUAACUUUGGGGUCAUGAGAGAAUUCUGAGAGAAAACAUACAAAUGUAUUAAAUAUGGCAAGGCUGUUAGACAAUGGUCUGACCUCAGGAUUCAGCAAAUAAUUUAUAUUGUAAAGAAACCUGACAAAUGUAAUGAUUGUGGUAAGUUGUUUAUCAAUUUUGUCACUGCUCAUAGGUUCUCUUUGCCCACUGCAGAGAGUCACUUUACUAAAUGACGCAGUGUUAUUGUAAUAUAGUUUUAUAAACACAGAGCUGACUAAACAGAGACUGCAGUUUUAUUAUUCAAAUCAGUCUCCCAGAAAAUUCAAAGGCUGGCUUUUUAAGGGGUAAUUUGGUGGGCAGGGGGCUAGGGAGUGGGGAAUGCUGAUUGGUUGGCUUGGGGAUGAAAUCAUAGGGGAUGGAACUGGGUUCUUGUUGUCUUCAUUUCUUGGGUGGGAUUGCAGUACUAUUUGAGCCAGUUUGCUGGUCUGGGUGAUGCCAACUGGUUCAACAAAAAUGCAAGGUCUGAAAAAUGUCUUGAACACUAGUCUUAGGUUUUACAAUAGUGAUGUUAGAAACCUUGUGGCUUCUGGCUGCAUGACUCCUGAGCCAUAAUUUUUAAUCUCGUGCCUCAUUUUUUUAGCUUUACAAAAGUAUUCUGGUUGUUAGACAAGGAAGGGGUUGUUUCAGGAAGGGACUGUUAUCGUUGUCUUAAAAUUAAACUAUAAACUAAAUUCCUCCUGUAGUUAGUUCAACUUACACCCAGGAAUGAACAAGGGUAGCUUAGAGGUUAAAAGCAAGAUAGAGUUGGUUGGGUCAGAUUUUUAUCUGUCAUAAUUUUUGCAAAGGCAGUUUUAGUUUCUCAUAAUAGGCUACCUGCCAGAGAAACCAUACUAGAGGAAAGUAAGUCCCUAGUUCUUCUCAAACAUUAUCCAAGAUAAACUCUAGAGUAACUAAAGAUCAAAAUCAUAAGACCUGUAAUGGCUGUCAAAGUUACCAGGAUACCAAUGGGAAGGUCCUGUUACCUUCAUUUUAUUAACUAUUUUUAUUCAAUUAUUUGAUGUUUCUUGAAAAGUCUAUACUACUAUUGAUUUUCAGCCUGAGGUUUGAAAUAAUGUUCAUGGUAUACCUUCAUUACAGUCCUUUCAUAUGUCACCAUGAAGGUCUCUGGAAAGGGUUCAGUAAGAUAAAAGAGCCUACUUUAUUAGGUGGGGUUCAUUUAUACUCAAUGUUUCCUGGAAGAUCAGUGAAUUUUAAGGUACAAUAUGGUAUAAAUUUUAAUGAAAGCAUAGUGGAUGGCAGAUAAGAGAAGUAAACCCAUGAUUGAAGUCACUGUGAUUAAUGUGUGUGUUAAACUCCAAACUUCCUUAUAUGAGAGAUGAACACUUUGGGUUAUUAGAAAGGAUUGCUGUACUAACUGACCAUGGAUCAGAAAGUGCAGGUGAAUGCAUUGAGAGGCAGAUUUUCAUGGGAGGAGAAAAAUAGGUUAAUAGGAUCUGCUUAUAUGGCAGAAAUAAUGAGCAGAAAUGAAGAAUGCACUCUCCUUUGAAAGGAAACAGCUGUUUUAUACCAAAUAUUAAUGAAAAAAAUCUCAUUUUUGAAAACUGAAAACACCAACUAUCGGAUAAAAGUCUUUAUCCAAAAGAACCACAGUGGAGUGUGCGUGUGUAGGAUUUACAUUUUGCCACUGAAAUUGCAUUUUGUUCUUUAGAACGUGUCAUAUCUCAUUUUAAUAAAAAUAAAUCAUUUUCCCA